UUCCAGUUGAUUGAUGUGCUAGUCAGAAAAAGUUGACGACUUUCAACGCUUGAAUAAGUUUGGAACAAAAUCAACAAUCAAAAUUCAUAGCUUCUCAAACCUAACUCUCAUCCUCAAUGAGAAACAAUAACAUUUAAUAAAGUUGGUCUUGAAAAAAUUGUUAUGUGUUCAAACAAUAUAUAUCAUCGAUGAAUUAGAACAUUUUCCAUUAGAUGAAGAUAUUGAAAUAAACAAUGGAAUUGAAGUUGAUGAUAUUGAUGAAGAUAUGACGUCGCAUUAUUGAAUAUUGACCGCACAACACAAGUUUCUAAAUCUCAAGGAAUUGAAAAGCGAUACUUUGAACUGUUGUUCCUUCAAAACGAUUGCUAUAGAUCAGGAUGAGAUAACGUCAAGUUGUUGGAGUGUUUUCAAAGGAUUUGAAGAGGAAUUGAUGGAAAUAGAACACAGAAAUGCCGUACAGUUGCACCAGAUGCCCACUAGAUCCACCAUCACACUCUUUCGUCCGCGACGCCAAGUGACGUCAUGAGGAGCGACCAGGAGCGUAGCCGUAGACCCGGACGCGCCCGCCGCAAAUGCACCCCGUGACGUCAUGAGCGCCGCGUCAAGGUCAUCGACCGCCCCCCUCGCCGCGCCGCCACCCUUCGGGAGACCGCCGCCCUCUCCUCUCGGCUCCGUGUCGCUCCUGUUUUGCACCGCCUACUUCCUACUGAUUGCGUUCCUGGUGUCGUGUAGUGCAGCGGGGUCGUCGCUAUUGGUGCACAAGUACAGCACGCGAGUGGUCAAGACAAAGUACGGUGCACUGCGUGGCGUCAUGAUCCACAUCCAUCCACCGGUGGAGGCGUUUUUGGGUGUCCCGUACGCCACGCCACCUGUCGGUAGCCUUCGGUACAUGCCUCCUGUUACACCAUCCAUCUGGAAAAACACGAGGUUGGCGGACAGAUUUGGGGCCGUGUGCCCCCAACGGCCUCCUGAUAUAGGCAACCGCUCAGAGGCCUUGCUGGAGUUUCCUCGGGGCAGACUGUUGUAUCUCGAGAAACUUUUACCUCUCCUUACUAACCAGAGUGAGGACUGUCUCUAUCUCAAUAUCUACGUGCCUAGAACAGCUAGUGGCGAGGAAGAACCAAAAAAGUUGCCUUGUUUAGUUUACGUCCAUGGUGAGAGCUACGAGUGGAAUUCUGGGAAUCCCUACGACGGGACAGUGCUGGCUUCCUCGGGCAGAGUCAUCGUAGUAACAAUCAAUUUUAGGUUAGGAGUUUUAGGUUUCCUCAAAACGGGCACCAAGGGCAGCGCCCAGGGCAACUUUGGCCUCAUGGACCUGGUGGCGGGGCUGCACUGGCUCAGGGAGAACUUGCCCGCCUUCGGGGGCGACCCCGAGAGGGUGACGCUGAUGGGGCACGGCACAGGGGCGGCGCUGGUCAAUUUUAUCGCCGUGUCGCCGGUGGCCAAAGAAUUACUGCACAGGGUUAUCCUUCUGAGCGGUUCGGGGCUGAGCCCCUGGGCCUUGCAGAGGGACCCGCUCUGGGUGAAGAGGACCGUAGCCAAAUAUACGGGGUGUCACGGCGACCUGUACGAGGACGAUUUGGCGCCCUGCUUAAGACUGAAACCACUCAAUUUUUUACUUAACGUUAAAGUAGAUACGCCCAGAUUUCUUCCAGGAUUCGCCCCCUUCAUCGACGGUACCAUCCUGGUCAACCCCACCUCGCCGCCGCCCACCGCCAGCUCCUCAACCAUAGCCACCUCCGCCGGCUACGAGCUGGCCGACUUCCCCGACCGGAACCUCCUCUUCGGCCUCACCAGCACCGAGUCGUACCUCGACCUAAACGCGCAAGACCUCGAGUUCGGCCUCAACGAAACCAAACGCGACCGCAUACUAAGGACGUACGUUCGAAACUCUUACUAUUUUCACUUGAACGAGAUCUUUUCCACGCUGAAGAACGAGUACACUGACUGGGAGAGGCCCAGUCAGAACCCGCUCAGUGUGAGGGACGCCACGUUGGACGUGUUGAGUGACGGACAUACUGUGGCGCCGUUGGUGCGGGUGGGAUACUUGCACUCGUUGGGGAAAGGCAAGACGUUUUUUCUGCAUUUUCAACAUCACGCAGGAGAAAGGGAUACUCCAAUGAGAGGUGGCAGUGUGAGGGGAGAGGAUUUGCCUUACAUUCUGGGACUUCCCCUCAUCGGUGGAGGUCCAUUCUUUCCUCACAACUACAGUCACAGUGAUAUAGUAGUGUCAAAGACUUUAAUACAGUACAUUAGUAAUUUCAUAACAAAAGGGGACCCAAACGGUGACGCAAUUCCGAACGCACCCACUACAGAAAAUAAGCCAGUAACCCAGGACGAUAACAACAUACCCAGCUUACCAUACUGGGAUACCU